UUCUACCAAAGAAGCGUGUCUGUCUGCAGUCUAGCAAUAAUUGCCUGUACUAAGUACCUUAAAACAAAGAGAAUAUAAUUCACUUUUGGCGAUUCUCUGGCAUGUCUGUUUGUAAAGAUGAAACCGAGUUUGAUGCCCCUUGGGAAAAAGUUUCGUCGGCGUGGUUGCGUAGGUACCCAAAUCCUUACAGCUCUCACGUUGUGUCUGCCGAUGUCUUAGAGCGUUAUGUUGAUGAAAACGGUCGAUUGCACACAGAACGACUACUGGUCAAGCAAGGGAAAGUGCCGCGAUGGGCUUCAGACCUUUUAAAUGUAAGCAAAUCCUACAUAUUAGAAAGAUCCAUAAUCGACGCAGAAAAGCGUGAACUACUGAGCGAAACUUUCAACAUUGAUCAUCUCAAACUCCUGAAAGUUAUGGAGUAUAACCGAUACCAGUCGUCUAUGGAAAAUAGUUCAAAGACUUCUAUAACUACUUUAGCUCAAUUUGCUUCUCCUUUACGGCUGGGCCUAGGACGCCGCAUUCAGAAGUAUUGUCUGAAGCGCUUUCCAGAACAGCUCAUGGGCUCCCGGCGCGGUAUAUUGUAUGUUUUACAAAAACAGAAAACUUUUUCCUAAAGCUUGCAUUAAUAUUUUUUUCCCUUAAUUUUUUUGAGAUAUUUUGUCUAUUACAAAACUUUCUCUUUUUGUGCCUGUUGCUUGCUCCUUAACCUAAUCCUUUCUAGUAUGAACUCCUUAAUUUAUGCCAUACAACCGAUUGAAAGCACGACUCGAGGUUAUACAGAAUACCAAUGUUCAACAAGUUUCACGCUAGACUCUCCUUUUGGUACCCGCAUUUUUCACAUUCAAUUCAGUUAAUAAAAAAUAAUUUAAUGAAUACAUUAUACGAUUUUCAUUUUUGUAUAUAGGUCUGCCAUACACCUUAGUAGAGUGUCCAUUCCUUCUCUUCGAGCAGCGCUUACGGGUAUUACAGUUAUCGAUUGUCCGUUUCUGGAUACCACGUCCUUUAGCUUUUCAAGUUGUUUUUCAGCAGAAAUAUCUGCUUUGUUUGCAAUAACUAUUGAAACUCUCUCCAAGAGCUUCGGAUUGUAUUCUUUUAAUUCUUUCCAAAGCUGUUGAAAGGCUUCGGUGCAUGGGAUCUUUGCUUUCGGAGAUAUGUCUAUUACCAAGCAAAGAAGUUUUGCUCUUUCUAUGUGACGCAGAAACUCGAAACCUAGCCCACGCCCAUCACUAGCACCUUCAAUGAGUCCCGGAAUGUCCGCCAAACUGAAGCUCACAGGAACAUGAUUGUCAGAAACCAAACGAACCGUUCCCAAAUGAGGUUGCAAGGUUGUAAACUCAUAUUCUCCGAUAUCGGAGGUUGCCCUUGUCAAUGAAUUCAGCAGGGUACUUUUUCCUGCAUUGGGAAGCCCUACUAAACCAAUAUCACACAAGGUUUUAAGCUCCAGCUCAAAAACCUUUGACUGACCCUUCAUUCCUUUAGUUGCAAACUUGGGAGAGCGAUUUUUCUCGCUCAAAAAGUGUACAUUUCCAAAACCGCCAAUGCCACCUCGACAUAGAAUUCUUGGUUUGCCGUCAUCGUCCAUCAUAUUAUAUUCUAUAGGGUAUGCAUUUGCUGGAGGAGACUUACAAUGAAAAAGCUCUUGCGCUUGUCUUUCGGCUUCCUCUUCAAAAGAUGGACCUUCCAAGGCUUGUAUAGGUAAUCUCUCAUUACCUGGUCGUUGGACCCAUUGAACUGAGUAAGUAGAAUUUUGUUCUUCUUCUUCGUUCAGAUUUUGUAUUUCUUUAACAGUCGUUCCUGGUGGAACAUAGAGAAUUAAAGAGGACCCUAUGCUACCAUGACGAUUCCCUCCUUUGCCGCUUGUUCCAGCAGACGCCUUGUAAUGGCCCAUUAGGUGUGAUAGAUUAUUGAAAGUUCCUGAUUUAGUAGCUAUGUACACUGAUCCUCCAUCACCUCCAUUCCCUCCGUCAGCUGGUCCAAAUGGCACAAACUUUUCUCGGCCAAAUGAUGAACAUCCAGCGCCACCUGUGCCAGCUUUUACUUUAAUUAUUAUUUUGUCUUUGAAUUUCUGAGAUAGAAUUAGUCAUCCGAGUUCAUUAUAUUCAAUUGUUCAGUCAAAGGUGUACAUACCUGCUGCAUAGCGAAUGCUCGAGCCCAUGAUCGCAAUCCAUGCAAAUAAAAGAGUCUUUGUCUUUGAAUGAAUAAACAAUUUCC